GAGAAUGGGCAAGUUCAUCCACAGAUCAGGUAGUCCAUUCACGGCACUAAUCCCACUGGUGUAAAAUAUGAAGACACAGCACUUCAAAGCAGCCCUAGUCUAGGCUAUCCAGCAGAGGCCACGCAACAUUCAUGAUGCAGUCAGAAGGCUGAACGGUGUUUCUCUGAAACAAGACAGACAAAAUAGGAAUUUCCCGGUGCCGGAAGAAUUCCAUAAUAUGGCGCUGCUAUCUGAUUCUGUUCUACUACGGCUACAAGACGACGAAUCUCAACGCGAACAGAUGAUAACGUCGAUUCUUCGUAAAAGGAGGCCCUUGCUGGAUGUUGAUGUAUCUUGGAUUGAAAAGGACAUUGCUGCAUAUGAGCAGGAGCUCUCUAAUCUGAAGACUCAAGUCGCCCUUCUGAAGCACCAAAAGGAGCAACUUGAGCGUUCACUUUCCAGGCACAAAUCGUUACUAUCACCCAUUCAUCGUCUCCCAUGUGACAUCCUUGUGGAAAUAUUUCGCUGGGCUGCGCAUCGUCCAAAGAGCAGCCUCGAUGUCACGAAGGGCGUGUGGCCUCUAGGGCAAGUCUGCGGAUGGUGGCGGGAUAUUGUACUAGCUUCGCCCAUCUUAUGGUCUGUAGUUAUUCUGGAACCACCAUACACGCGGCACUCCGUUGACAUCCUCACCCACCAUUUUUGUCACUCGGCGGAGCUUCCUUUGUGGAUAGCGGUAACGGCCGGGGACAGCGUGAAUGACCGUCGUGUCUUCGAUAUGGUCAUUCAAAAAUCCGCGCUCUGGAAAAUGGUGGACAUUUGUACACCAUUGAAAGACCUGGAGAAGCUUUCCUCUGUAUCAGGAAAUAUCCCUUUUCUGGAGGAGUUGUACGUUUAUGCCGAGGGUAAAGUGUACUUCAGCACAGAUGCAUUGUCUUCGGCGCCGUCUCUUCGGCGUGCAGGACUUCAACCACUGGAGAUACAAACACUCAUCGAUGUUCGUAUCUUAUUUUUUGACGACGCGGAUGGACCUUUGGAUUUUGAUAAUCCUUUACCCGUUAAGAUGGAACGACUCCAAUUCCUAGCAGUCUAUGAUGCGAGAAUACUGGACCAUCUUAUCGCUCCGUUGUUGAGAAAAUUCGAAUAUCAUCCAGCCUCCGCUUUAAACGGCAGCGACACCGAUAUUCCUUCGCUUCGAGAUUUUCUAGCGCGGUCCUCUUGCUCCAUCGAGCUUUUGGUCAUUUGCCCGGAGACGGUCCACAAGAUUCAUCAUCUUAUGGCCUUUAUAAAGAACGUCAGUCGUACCGUAUCCUCACUGGAUCCGCUGACCUUACCUGAGGUCCUUCCUGCGAUGGAGGGUCUGAGGCUAUGGAUUUGUACUGAUUCCGGUUGGGGAAGACAAUGCGUGAAAAGCGUCAUUGCUGUCGUCCGCCAACGCUUCGAUAAGGAGCGAGCAACAGUUUUGAACGUCACAAAGCUGUCUUAUCUACGUAUAGAUUGUGCUGACAGCUCUAGAGUCUUCAGUCAGCUAAAAAGUGAAGGGCUUGAUGUCCUCGGGGGAGAAGGUUUAGAUUGGGAGAAAGGGACACCGUACCUAGAGAUUGAUGAAUAUUGGACAGGAGACUGGUUCAGUUAGCUUACGACUCUAAUGAUUGAAUAAUGCCAAAGAAUAAAUUGGUACUGCCUAUCUCUCCCACAAUGCGAAUCAUACAGUUUCCCAAAGCAAGGAUCAGAAAAAAAACAAAGUGAAG